AUAGUGCGCUUAAAAGAUGUCCUUUCUUGCCGGCCUUUUAUUUCUAUAAAGAAGAAGCAGCAGGAUGUGGUUAGAUUUCUGGAAGCCAACAAGAUAGAGUUUGAGGAGGUGGACAUCACGAUGUCAGAAGAGCAGAGGCAGUGGAUGUACAAGAACAUCCCCCUGGAGAAGAAGCCUGCCCAGGGCAACCCUCUGCCACCUCAGAUAUUUAAUGGUAACCGAUACUGUGGAGAUUAUGACAGUUUCUUUGAAUCCAAGGAAAGCAACACAGUCUUUUCAUUCUUAGGCCUCAAAUCACAGUUGGCAUCAAAGAAAUUUCUCAGGAAACCUAUGACCUGUAACGGUCAUGGGAUUGGAGCUGGUCUUGAUGCCAUUGAGGUUUGCUUGAUUGCAGGAGACCAUUCCAUGGUCAGCGAGGGCGCUAGGCACCUGCACCCAUUCAGCCCCCCGCUUUCAGGCGCCUGA